GCCCUGCCAACGUCACAGACUAUAUAAAAACUAAAAACUGCGCCCACCCCUCACAACCACAGAGCACCUCUAUCACGCCCAGAAAGAAUCGCAGGUCAUCGCAAUGUCCUUUCAGCCAGAAGUGAUCACCUCCCAGCAGCAGGUGUCAAUCACCAACUACACUGUGACAAAUAACCAAGGAUCCUGGAGCACCAAUGUGUGUGACUGCUGUGACGACAUGGGCAUCUGUCUGUGUGGUGGGUUCGUUCCCUGUAUCCUGGCCUGUCGAGUUGCAGAGGAUUACGGGGAAUGUUGCCUCCUGCCCUACCUCCCCGGCACCCUGCUCGCGAUGAGAACAGGGAUGAGAGAAAAAUACAACAUCCAGGGCUCUAUCUGUGAUGACUGGGUGGUGAUGUUUUGUCUGCCUCAGUGCGGGCUCUGUCAGAUGGCGAGAGAGCAAAAGAGACACUGAGACCCAAGUCCUUCCAGGACUGGACUGGACUGGACUGGACCGGACCGGACCAGAACCUUGUCCUUCAAUCAUUUUAUUUUCUAAAAGUUGUAUUCAGAUGUUUGUGCUUUUGAAUUGUCAUUAUUUAUUCUGUUAAAAGGUGAGGGAUAACAUAGUUGUAUAACCUGCAUUUAUUUUUUUAUUUAGAAACAAGCCCACAUAGUCACUCGUUUUAAUAUUGCCCACCUUUCGAACAAUGUAAGAGUGCAAUGAAGACGAUAAUCAUUGCAGUAUCUAGUGCAAUGGUUAUAAGGCAUCAAGGUUGUGAUGUCAUCAGUCCUUCAAUGCAAUGCCACCAGCACUUUCAUCCUUGCUAUGAGGUAGAACGCAAAGAACACUGUCUAUGGACAAUGGGCACGACUACGGCUGUGUGUGUGUACGUGUUUUGCCCGGAUAUGAAGCCAGCUCACAUGAUUGUUUUGCUCAGAGCUUUUGAAGUGAUGUUGAUAAAGACUUGAUUGUCUUGUAGUUGUGCAUCUCAUCCACUGCAAUGAACUACGGUCUCUUUGUA